UGCCAUUGACUAUGAGUUUUGAAAUAUAAAAUAACAUUUAAUAUAUUGAAUACACUGUUUGAAUAAUAAAAACCAAACAAACCGUACGAUUGAAUACUAUUUAUAAUUCAAUUAUUAUUAUUAUUAUUACUUUACACUAAACAGUAGUAGUAAUUCAAUAAUAAUAAUAAUAAUAAUAACAAAUAAAAUAAAGUAAUAAUAAUAAUAACAAUGAGUUUACUGUUGUUGUCGUUGAUGUUGUCGGCGAUGCCAUUACUGCCGCUGCCGUAAUGUCCGGCCAUUUACCGAUAAUACCGAUACCGCAACUUCACGCACCACCACUACCACCACCACUAGCUCAUCAUCAUCACCAUCACCACCACCCGCAACAACAACAGCAUUACCGUCAUAUCGGAGGACACACUACUACUACUACUAGUACUACAACUACGACAAUACCACCGCUACCGCCGACUACAACAGCCGUACAGAUACCGCUAUCGCAACCGUUAUCAUUGUCAUCGUCGGCCUCAAAGCUACCAAUGGCUAUCAACCCGAAUCCAGUGGCGGCCAUUGCAGCCGCCAAUCAAUCGGCAGCUGUAGCCGCGGCAGCCGCUGCAGCGGUCAACAAUAACAAUAUCAAUACCGCGUCUACUGUAUUGCAGACAAUGUCUUCGGCCGGGACGACGGCUAUAUCGACGCCAACGGCAGCCAAUAUUGGCGCAACGGGACCGUCGGCAAUGGCAGCGGCUGUGGUUGCCGCCGCCGCAAGCAGUCCGGCCAUAUGCUGUCUGAUUGAGGACAGUCAACGAUGUCAUCGGAUAGCCGGCAACGCUUCGUACUCGAAGCGUAUCGAAAAACAGGUUACUCAACGUAAACUGCGGCUAACGGUUGACCAGCGACUGCCGCAUUCGUAUAUCUGCGAACAUCACAAGCAAAUGAUUCAGUCGAUCAGGACAUCCAAUAAACGGAAACGUAAGGACAGUGACGAUGAUAACGAACUGACCAUCGAUACCGAGGCUGUCACUGGCGGCGGCGGAGGACACGGAGGCGGUGGUGGUCAGGUUAGCGCUGGACACGACGUUGAUUUGUUGACACUACAGGUGAAUACAUUGAGACGAUAUAAGAAACACUACCGUAUUCAGACCCGACCGGGUAUUAAUAAAGGACAGUUGGCUGAGUCACUUCAGCGACACUUUCGGUCGAUGCCCAUCUACGAAAAGGAGGCCAUCACUUAUUUUAUCUAUAUGGUUAAGACUAACAAAAACAAAUUGGAUCACAAUCACAGUGGCGGCCCGGGAGGAGGCGGUGGUGGGACAGCAGUAUCGGCCGCUGCGGCGGCCAAACAACAGAUUUAGUUUAGUGGACACCACACACACACACCUCGCUAUAUAUCAUAUAAUAUCAUAUAUUUA